CAUUCCCCCUCUUUACCUUCCAUGCCGAACCCUUAACCAUUCCACUUGGGGUCUCAGAGAAAUUCGGAUUCUCAGUGGCGCUUAUCAGAUCUUCAUGCAUUAAACCUGUUCCAGCUUGGAGCAAUCCACACCUAUAUUUACUUAUCGAGCUUCAAUUCAGACUCGAAGUUGACAAUCCAUUCGCAAGAUUGGGGUUUAGGGUUUUUCCAGCCAAAAAUGUCAUCGGGGAGACCGCCGGUGGCCACCGGCGGAGACAGGCAACUGGUGUUGGCCCCGGAAAGGCUGAACGCCGCACUCCAGCCGCGGCCUCCGCCGGCCGGAUCAAAUGCCCUGGUGGAGUACGUUCCGCCUGCGCCUAAUCCAGAAGAAGAGGACCUCGAGGUGAAGCUUCGACGGAUCAUCGAACAUGUUCCAGUUCGCGUCAGCAAUACCUCCGGCAGUUCCGCCGGUUCUGGCUCCGGCGACUUUCAUCAGUAUCGGCAAAUGAGACGAAAAGAACAAGACCGGCUCACAAGGAUGGAUGCUGACUACCAGAGAAGAAAAGAAACAGCCGAAUUCAAUGUGAGGAGGGAGGAAAGAAUGAGAGCUGCCGAGGAACGUACAGCCAAGAAGCGCUUAAAACGCCAGAAGAAAAAACAGAAGAAGAAAGAAAAGAAAAGCAAAUCCGAAGCUGCUGGAGAGGAGCAUCAAAAGGAAGAAUCCUCAGACGAUGACGGUGGCGACUCCGAUGACGGUGACGAGUUGAAAGAGUGAGAUUUAAUUAAAAAAAAGAAAAAAAAAAUGCAGUCCCAAGUUUGUUCCCUGUCUGGGCUGGGUGGGUGGUAAGGGAAGAGGCAGUCUCAGGUUAUGUCACUGUUAUUCUGGCAUUUGUGUUAUUGAGAACUUAAUGUUAAAGCAUGGUUUGUGAAGGAAGAAAGUGGAUUUUAGGUGCAAAUUUGUUUCCCUUUUUCUCAGUAUUCAACUUCUGAUGAUUUUUA